AUGGACUCGCUGGACAAAGCAUCAAGAUCGGCUUUGAUACUCGCCUCGCAGCUCGAUAGUUAUAUCAGCUCGUCCCUGGCUGACCUUCCUGCCCCCUGGGUUGAGGAUUUUGACUCUGUCACUCUCUUCCGUGUCCAGCACGUGAUCUCAUGUUUUGGGAAGGUGCCUUCGUCCCGCUUGCCAGGUUGCGUUGAUUUCCCAGUUGACUGGCCUAUCGAUCGUUCCUGCUUAAACCAAGCCACGAAGAACUUCCUUCGUCUCUCAAAUCCCCUUUGCCCCCCUGAUCCACCUGCAUCAGACUCGGAGCCUGGUCGUCCUCUUGGCCGUCCUCGAAACUACGCUCGUCAGUCGGAACGCCAGCUUGACUCGUCUGAGCCAGAACGUCACCUUGACUCGCCCAUCGCGGGUAUAUCUGUUUCUUCCCCUGUGCCAGUUUCCCGUCCUACUACCCCUCAGACCGAACAAACUCGGUCACUUCCCGCUGCUCCUUCACGCAGCACUAUCAGCUUCACUGAUUUCUCCCCUGUACGGUUACCGUACACUCAGGUUUCCCCUAACUCAGAUCUUUCCUGCGGGACCCCACCCGCUACCGCUGAUCCAGCCUCCGCUGAACCUGAAUCGAAUCUUUCCUGUGGGACCCCACCCGCUGCCGCUGAUCUUUCAGCCUCCACUGACCCUCUACUUAUACCUAGAUUUUUUCCUAGUCAGUUACUGCCAAUCCCUAGGAUGGCUAACAACGAGCACCAGAACGGGCGCUCUAAUGUCCAAGCGAUACUCACUGAGAUUUUUACCAACCCCGAGUUUAUUUCACUGAUUCGCAACCCGGCCCGUGGCAGCCCUACCCACGAUGGCCUCGCUCCCCACGAUAAGCCAGAUACGUCGUGGAAGCCAGCUGAAAUCGGAUUCUUUAAUCCGGGCCUAGACGAUAAGGACGGCGGUUUCACCUUAGUUAGAGACAACAUGCAUUACUCUGACGAUUUCACCUUCAUCAGCCGCCUCAGUGAUUUGGUCCGGCUUAAGUCCGAGCGUGUCGUCCGCGCCAAUAUCCACUCGUGCCUAAAGGCUGAAGCACUGGCUUGGUAUUCCCAGGAACUGACAGAUAACGAGAAGAAUAUAUUAUAG